CAUCGUUAACCUGUCAAAAAUACUUGGGGACUUAAAAAUAAUUGGCAAUCAAUGGCGCUUGGUUUUUCCAUGUUUAUUCGCUAAUUCUUUGGUUUAUAUUGUUGAAAAAUGAAGUCGUUUUGAAGAAAUCGUUGGGGUUCAGUGAUUUUAAUCAUUAGAUCAAGAUGGCAAGACCCAAGUACAAAGCAACCUCGGAUCUCUGUGCUGAUUGUGGAGCUCUUGGGCCAGGAUGGGCAUCAGUGAACCGUGCCAUUUUCUUGUGCGACGAGUGCUGCAGCAUUCACCGAAGCCUCGGACGACAUGUGUCACACAUCAAGUCCCUCCACAAGAGCGUCUGGAACCCAUUUUUGCUCUCUAUGGUGCAAACGUUGAACGAUAACGGUGCGAAUAGCAUCUGGGAGCAUUCCCUGAUGGACCCAAGUAAUUCGAAGAUAAACCGACGCAAGCUACAGCCCAAGGAUCCCCUGCACCCAGUAAAAGCUGAUUUUAUUCGGUUAAAACACCAGCAGCUGAUGUUCAUAUUGCGCCCCAGCAAAGAUGAAUUCUGCAGUGACGAGGAGUUGAGUAAACAGCUCCACAGCAGUGUCAGGACUGGCAAUCUGGAGACUUCAUUGAGAUUGUUGGCACAGGGUGCGAAUCCCAAUUAUUUCUACAAGGAGAAAGGAACAAAUCCCCUUCACGUGGCUGCCAGGGCUGGCCAGGCACUCCAGGUGGAGCUCCUCAUUGCUAAUGGAGGCAAUCCAAGUUUAAUUGAUUCUAAUGGGCAUACACCCAUGGAAAUUGCCAGGAUGUCGGGACAUUUGGAACUGUCAGAGAGACUCGUUGAGUGCAUGUACGAAGUCACUGACAGAUUGACGUUCUUCGUAUGCUCGAGGAAGCCAGAUCAUCGCUCUCAGGAGCAUUUAAUUAUCCCCGAGUGGUCAGUCAAUCUCGAGAGGAACGAGUUGGCAUUUGAAGCUAGAACUCGACUCCAACUGCUUCCUAAUAAUUUACUCGAGGAGCUAGCCAUGGACGUCUAUGACGAGGUCGACAGACGUGAGACUGAAGCUGUUUGGCUGUCGCAUGCGAGUCUUCCAGAGAGGACAACAGUGCCUUUUCUACCGGUAAAUCCACACCUGUCAUCCACGAGAAAUCAGGGACGACAGAAGCUGGCGAGAUUCACACCCAAAGAAUUCACGGUAUUAAUAAUCGAUCUACUCACCGAAGCUGGCAGGAGACACAUGAUAUCAAACACAACUCCAUUGCAGGAUCCUGCAGUUUUAGCUUUAAAAAAAGAGAAAUACGGCUCUCAGGUUUCUGAUGACGAGCCUCUGUACGACAGUGUUGCCUCAGACGAUGAUUACGCUGCUGUAACUACCGACGUAUCCAGUAUUCGCUCGACAAACGUCGAAAACGAGAAGGCACUGGCCCCAAUGGCCAAGGGCCUCCCCUCGAUCGUAGAAGUCCUGAAGAAGCAGCUGAGCACCUCAGAAUCGACUAUAAAAUCUCUUCAAGAAGAGAUGAAGGACCUGAAGAAGACGAUUGAGGCCCUGACUCGAGAAAAUCGAGAACUGAAGAGUACCAUACAAUCACAGAAGAAAUCUCUCCCAGAGGACGUGAUGAACGGCCACUCUGGGGAGCAGGAGCCGGUCUUGGAGUCCCUCGGGGACCUCAGGAGUACCCUCUCCAGGGGCCAGAGACCUGCCUCAAUGUACGAAACGCGAGAGGGACUCAAGAAGCCUGGACCGUGGAAUUCUAUGAGUCAAACAAAGCCACAUGGGGAGACUCUGGUCCGACCCAAUACGACUCAGAGCCUCUGGUCGUAUCAAUCGUCGAGUCUUCCAUCAUGUGACGAAGUUACAAGACGUACAGAACAAGUCACCAGAAGAAUUCAGGAGCUCUGGAUGGCGAUGCAGGAUCCAGGGCACAGGGAGGCAUUUGUCCCCUGUGCUGAGAGGAUUAGAGUUGCUGUUGCCGAAUUGACUGCUAUUUUCCCACAGAACCCAAUCGAAGAUAACAUCAGAUCAGCCCUCAGGCAACUCAAUGGAAACACUGGAAGACUUCAGGCCGAAUGCGCUGGCCUUCAAAGAUGCACCAGUGAUCCUGGACACAUGGAUCGGUGUCUUCAGCAAGUCCGAUCGUGUGCCUACGAUAUUGCCAAAGCUACAAAACUCCUCGUCACACAAUUUCAGAUAUCCUAGACCCAAAAAAUAAUUAACAUUUUAAAACCAUUCGAAUCAAUCACAAACAAAUCAUUUAAGCUUUAAAAAAUAUUAACGAUCAACUCAGUAACGGAAUGACGAAGCAUCGAAUUUGAUAUUCUUAUUGAAUAGCGAUUGAGAAAAAAAUUAUUGAUUUUCAUGGUCAUUUUUGCGGUCGAAUCAUGAGACUUUACCGGUUUGUUACUGAACUAAUUCAUAAUUCUCCCAUUAUUGUUACCUUGUAUUAACAUAGAAUGAAGACUGAGUAGGCGUAUUUUUAAUUUGCAUCCUGUAAAUGCGGUGAAUUCAAUUUUUUGAAUUUCUCUUUUUCUCACCUAGAAACGUUUGAAAUCAUUAGGUGUUUGAAAUUUAUUAACUGAGUGUAAAUAUGUGAGUUUUAGAUGACAACAUCACAUUGUUAGAAUCAAAUGACAAUCGACGAUUUUAAUCAACCGAAAAGAAAAUGUUUUUCAAUCAAUAGAAUCCACUCAAGUGCAAUACGAUUGUUUUUUAAACAGAAUCAUGAAAGAAUUGAAUUUUAAUUAUUAUUUGAUAAAAAAUCCGAUUCAAUGAAUUUUAAUGGUAAAACUGUUUUCAAUUACGACCUAAUGUGUACCACCCGAUAGAUUUCUUAAGACCCUGUGCAGCCCUUAAUGAUAAUUAAUUAUUCAAUUCUCUGACAAUAUCUUAGUAUUUUAAAUCAAUGAAUUAAUUAAGGAUCAGGUAAUUAAAACUAUUUUUUAUGAUAGAAAAUUAAUCAUUGUUGUUUGUAAUGAUCGAACAAAUGUUAAUUCUGCCGAAUAAAUUGUGUAUUCACGAUAAUUAAU